CCAUAUAAACAUAGCGCUGACAUAACCCACAGUAAAUAGACGGAUGUCAAACCUAUGGGUUCAGAAAUGGAGAAAUCAGCCAGCACAUCUCUCGGUUGACAAUUCAACAGAACCUGCCAAGUAGUUUUAAUACUUUAGAUGAUGAAAAGUUACACACGAUUCACUAAGGAUGGGGACUAUUGGUGACACACUAUUUAAACCGUUUGGUGUGGAAGAAACACCAAACAUUCCACAAACAGAACCUGACUCAGCUAGAGAAGAUCACAGUGACAGUAACUCUCAAGCUUCUGAUUCCUCAAAUCAAUCCAAUCAGAAUAGUAAACCUGGUAACAAGUCGGACAAUGUCGAAACGGGAUGUGAAGUCAUCUACCAACGUGACAUGUUUAAAGACGACAAGGAUUCAACAGAAGAGGACAGCCGUAUUAGCUCGGUAAAUAUGGAACUCGGCUCGUCGGAGGCCAGCUCGUGCGGUCGUUAUACACCCGAAUACGACAUCGACGAUGAUAUGGAAUUAAGGAAGAGUUCACCGGAGUUGGAUCGGCUUAUUGGUGAAACCAGGGACUUGAUCGCAAGGAAAGAGUCAGAAAAGGCCAGGAAGAUUAUCACUGAUGUGUGUGCCAGACUUGAAAAGUCUUACAAAAGUGAUAAAGACCAUCAGUACCUGGACUACAGCUUCUACUUUAAUGAGUGUGCGAAUCUGUACCAUAUGGUUGCUGCUCCCAGUAGUGCAUUGCGGAUGUUCUAUCGAGGUGUUAUCCACAAAGAAAAUGUUGGGAUGCUUGAACAUCUUGCGGUGUCUGAAAUGAUUUGGAAUGAAUUUCUUAAUUCUAAUGUAUCAUUACAGGAGAUUUUAAAAACUGCUUCUGAGAUACAGAUUCUCGCUGACAUCAAGCUAGAGCAAUGUGACAGAAGAACAGUUGGUAUUCCUUGGUGUAUAUACAACGAUCUUUUGAUGGUAUACAACAGGAUGAUAAGGUGUCCUAGUGUUAAGGAAGGAAAACUAAAGGCCCUGUUACAGUGGCUGAAGUGCGGCCUUAUUGAGGGGAGAGUACCUCAGGUUAUAGCAGAAACCUGUAAAAAAGUUAUAAAGGAUUAUCCAGACAACGCUUCAAUCCUUGAAAUAUGGGCCCACGCUCUACACGACAUGGGGAGAUUAGAUCUGGCCCUGAAGAAGACAGAAUCCGCACUUCUUCAUGUGAAGAAUCCAAAGCAGAAAUCGACACUGGAAGCAUUAAUGAAAGAUCUGACUACAGAAGAGAGCCAGCAGAUCAGUAAAACGGAUCAACAUACACCUAUCAUAGCGUGGCUUGAGGGUAGCAAUUUCAUGCAAACUCGUAUUAACAGCCACAGAGUUGAGAAAUUAAGAGAAAACCACGUAAAGAAACCCCAUCGUAGGCCAAAAGCUAGGAAACCAGCCGUGACUUCUUUUGGUGAUUUUGUAAGUUCGAGCGAUGGAGAAAGGAAGAACACAACACGUUCACAUUCAGCAUCGCCAUUCGGUGAUGGGCAUGUGAAGAAGAAACGUCGACGACGUAAUACAGCUGGAUCCGAUAUCUCAUCCACUGGCAAUGGCAAAUGUGUAUCACAUGACCUUGUAGAUGAGGCAGAAUACAUUGCAAGUUUAGGAGAUGGCGACAACCAUUCUUUAGAAAGUGAUGAAGAAUUUGACGUGUCCGAAAUAUUCAGGUCAUGUAUAUUUGAUCUUGAUUUGGGCGAGCCAAAUGAAAGUGACUACUCUGAUGGGGAAUCCAUCAGAAAUGCUGGUGUCGAAACAAUGUUUGAACAAAGUAUUGAUGUCGACACAGAAAAUCCAGAAGAUGGCAUCAGAGAGCAGGAACAGCACCUAAUUAUGUAUGGAGCGGAUCUUUCUCCUAGAUUCAUUGACGAAUGUGUAUUCCGUGAUAAAAUGAACUUCUACACCGAUAGCCUGUCGAUGGACGAGCUCAAUUCUUUAAUGAGAAGUGACCCAGGUCGUUAUAAGAAAUGCACUCUCAAGAUAGAAUCAGCUCACAAGGCGAUCUGUGAGUUAUUACAACCGGAAGGCGAUCUGAAGGAAAUAGAAAUCAGUGGCAGGUCUAAAUGCGGAAAAAACUUUAUGGAAGAUGAAGUUGUCGUUGAAAUUCUCAGCAAUGAAAGCAAAGAGUCCAAUUUCAUUCCACGCUUAAACAAAACACUGAAGCCAACUGGAGCUCAAAAGGCGUUUGGACAAGUUGUUGGUAGGCUACGAAGCCGAUUUCGAGACAUUGAACACCCAGUGUUCGUAUGUGGACUGGAUGAACUUGAAUACCAUUUGAUGCGACCACUCGACAAAACAGUCCCCAAGCUACAUAUAUUUAACAAGCAUGUUGAAAAUGCUUUUCAGGUGGAAGUUUACGACUAUGAUUCAAGUUCCCGUGAAUUGAUAUACAGUGAUAUUGUCAACAUAAAUCCUGCUCAAAAACACAGUUAUGUUUUUCUGGUAGUAUUCAUACGCUGGAAUGCGGUUUAUCCUCUAGGAGCAGUGAUCAAAGUCAUGCGAUCUGAUGGCGGAAUCAACAGUGGCCUGAAAAUACUCGAGCUUCAACAUCAGGUGCCAACAACCUACAACUACAAUACAGUUCAAAGCGUUCAGAGCAUCAUGUGCGAAAUGCCAGAAGAACCUACUCCUAUUCUAAUGGAAAAUCGAGUUGAUCUUUCAGAAUCACUGUCUGUUUUUACAAUCGAUCCCAAGAAUUCGAAAGAUCUUGACGAUGCACUGAGCAUCAAGAGGCUUCCAAACAAUGUAAAAGAAGUCGGAGUUCACAUAGCAGACGUUACCAGCUAUAUAGAUAAAGGGGACGACAUUGACCAAGAAGCUAAGGUAAGGGCAACGACAUUCUAUCCUGGACAAAAUAAACCGCCCUACCACAUGUUGCCUGAACCACUCAGUCAAAACCUUUGUAGCUUACUUCCCAACAAAAAGAGGCUCGCUCUCUCCGUUUUUUUGUACUUCAAAGACGAUGGGGAGUUACUCCGCGAACGUACAAGCAUAAGAAAGACCAUCGUCAAAUCAACGAGACAGUUUUCCUACGAGGACGUACAGGAUAUAAUCCUUGAGCAAACUGUUGACGAUGAAGCGAUUUCCUGUGACAUAAUUGCUUUAUUUAAAAUAGCAAAAUCAUGUCGCUGGAGAAGACUAGGUGACUCGAUGCAUUCAUUUCCAACAGAGGUAGAUUUGCUUAACGAGAGGGAAGGUGAAUCCAUGUUUGAUACACUUGAAGCUCAUUUCCUAGUUGAAGAAUUUAUGAUAUUAGCAAACACGGCUGCAGCGACUUGUGUUUGUUCAAGCUUUAGAGACUCUGCACUCUUAAGAUGUCAGGAUGCUCCACCAACUGAGAAAGUGAAUAAGUGGUUGACAGAUUAUCCCCGGAUUGCCGAUAUUAUUCUGAAACUACAGAACAUCAGGCCAAACCCACAAAGACAGCUGAAGAUUGCUAACGCACCGAAAGCGAGAUAUAGAGUAGUGAUUGAAAUGCAAAAAUGGAUUUGGUCGUGUUUAGAGCAACAUGUCAAAGAAGGUAACUAUAGGGGGGCAUGGAAACUGAUAGGAAGUGACGAAUUCCAUCCUGAGCAGGCAAUUGCUUGGAACGAAUGGAUAAGUUUCCAAGAACAUGCAGAAUACAGGUGUCUCGGGUCAGUAACCAACCGAAGGGAAAGGUGUCAUUUCACACUCAAUAUCUCUCCGUACACACAUUUUACAUCACCGAUUCGGCGAUAUGCAGAUGUUGUUGUCCACCGUCUCGUCCAUGCUGCCCUCAACAAAGAAAAAGUACCUUACACAAAAGACGAAAUAGACGAUAUCUGCUACCAAAUCAAUGAGGUUUCAAGAAGAGCGAAACAAUUCCAGAAGCAAUGCAAAGCUUUGCAUUACGGUCACGUUCUGCGACAUAGCCCUGCUAUGUUCAAUGGCUUCAUAGAAACGGUUUCUGAUAAAAGCAUCCAGCUUCUUAUUCCAGGGAUGCAUGGUCUACCAAAAGCGUGUCGAGAAGUGCCACUUAACCUCCUCGGUGUAUCGAGUAAACCCAAGGUCCAGAAAGACCGGGAUGAUGAUAGACCCUUUGACAUCCUGUCCUUACGCUGGCAAAAACGACUUUACUCCCAUCGAGGCUAUGCUCCCUCAACUAGAGGCAACGAGGAGAUUCGAGUUGACCCACACCAGAAAGCUAUAUUUCAGCAAUAUACACGCUGGACGGAUAUUUUGAAAGCUUUGUUUAGUCGAAACAAAAAGUCACUAAAGAAAGUCUUCGCUCCUUCUGCAGACUAUCAGGAAGGAGAUCAGCUGAGAUCAUAUGUUCCGGCUUGUACAUCAACGGUCGUAGACGUUAGCUCGGAAGUCAGGCAAGGGGCAAUUACAAAGCAUUUUUGUGACUUCACCAUGUCUUUCAACCACGCACAAAUUCUAUCAAUCCAGAUAGGCGCAGAACCACAGAAGGGAGUACUCGUACCAACCCCACAGAUUCUAGAUCUUACAGACAAUGUCAAGUUAUGUUUACAGCAUCCGAGUGAUCCUGUAAAAUACCUGGCAAAGUACGCGACAAGAAAAGCUCAUCCUGAGAACUACAAGUCAAUAGACGAAUAUCUCCAAGUAUGGCUGUCACUCAUACGUAUGGAAGCUGCAACAAUGGCUGGUCAUGAUAACUCAAUCAACGUCAAUGAUCUACCCGUUAAAUUGAAUGAAAAAGACGGGACGUUUUCCUUGACAUUGGAUUUCUGUGAAGACCGAAACAUUGAAUUCAGCAGUAUGUCCAUGGACUUCAUUUUACAUGGAAACGAAGAUGACGAAAACAAUGAUGAAACCAAGUACGUUCCUAGUUCAGACUAUCUCUGUCUGAAGUGCCGUUACGAUGUAGACGACAUCACUUACAGGAAUAUGAAUGGAUCCCCAGGAGGAAAGAGGAUUUGGCUAGCACAUGGACAGGUUGAUAGAAUAAAGAAAAUGAAGAAGAAAGGAAGAGUUGAAGUACACUUUUUGCUUCACCCUUCUAGCGCAAAGUUACCACCACAGAUUCUUAACAGUGAGAAGAAGCCGAAAUGCAGUGUUGAGAUAAUGGCUAAACCAGAAUCCAACAGAAGAACAGAGGCCGCCUUGCUUUGUUUGGACAAGUCAAAUGGUUUGGCACAAGCAAUAGCAUUGGGAUACAAGAUUCCAGCCUUAGACAAGAAUCACUUAGCGCUAGCUAGAAGGAUGGAGGCAGAAGUAGACGUGGUUGGGUUUGCUCGGAACAACCCCAAUCAGUACAAAGCCAUACAAAAGGCCCUUACCAAUAGAUUUACUCUCAUUCAGGGUCCACCAGGCACUGGAAAAACUUUCACAGGGAUCAAACUGUUGUAUCUGUUUACAAAGCUUAACAGAAUAUGGCAUCAAGAAGGAAACCCAUUGAAACAGCUCGUCUUUUGUGGCCCAUCGAACAAGUCUGUGGAUCUCGUUGCAAAAUGGACAAUAAGGAAACUUGGUGAACUUGCACCGAGAAUGGUAAGAAUGUAUGGUUCUUCUCACGAAUGUAUGGAUUUUCCUAUUCCUGGGAAGCUAUACUCUGCUAAAUCUCGCAGAGCUGAAAACCGGCCAGACAAAGAUCUUCAUGAUAUCGCCUUACAUCGUCUGAUUCGGCAGGAAGGGAAACCCCACGCCGAUGAAAUCUUAGACUUCGACAAAUAUUUCCGAGCGUUCCGCGAUUGCUCGUCAAUUGGAGAUAUCGAAGUAGCAAAAGAGUUCAAGGAGAAGCUGAAAGAUUACAAAGCUCUGUUAAGCAAAGCAGAACAAGAAGAACUUCAGCACUAUGAUGUCAUAUUCUGUACAACUGCUAUGACAACGAACCCCAAAUUCAUCCGCGGCACGAAAAACAAAAUUUUCCAAUGCAUCAUUGACGAAAGUGGAAUGUGCACAGAACCAGAAAGUCUGGCUACAAUCAUCACUACCAAAGCGGAACAAGUGGUUCUGAUUGGAGACCACAAACAACUCAGGCCAGUGGUCAUGUGUCAACACGCCGCAAGACUUGGUCUAGAGAGAUCCCUCUUCGAAAGAUUUUCAGACAAAGCUGUUCUUCUAUCAACACAGUAUCGAAUGAAUCCGCGGAUCUGCGAUUUUGUGUCGUCGGAGUUUUACAACAACAAACUUGAAACAGCUCCUUCCUUUGUAUGGAGAGAGGACAAUCCUCUCAGUCUCUGGAAAUAUCGUGAUGUACCGCACAUGUUCUGCCACGUAGAAGGGGAUGAAGAAUAUCUAACUGUGUCAACCGAAGAAGGAAACGAGCAGUCGUGUAGUAAUAAGGAAGAGGUUGAGAAAGUGCUGGCUGUUUUCCGACGAAUUGUGAAGACAGAUGGAAGGGAUCCGCGGUAUAUCAACAUUAUAUCACAGUACAACGCCCAGUGUCACGCCAUUAAGAAAGCAUUAUUGGAUAAUGGCUAUAUCAACUGUAAUGUAAAUACAGUCGUGUCGAGUCAAGGUGGAGAAUGGGACUACGUCAUUUUCAGCACCACCCGCUCACUACCGGAUUACAAGAUCGAACACAAACCAACCCUCGGAUGGUGUAAACAGAAUCUGGGCUUCAUUACUGACGAACACCAGAUUAAUGUGGCCCUGUCCAGAGCCCGUAAAGGCCUCAUCAUUAUUGGAAACCAGAACCUGUUGAAAUGUGACAAAGUGUGGGAACGGCUUCUCGAUCACUAUAGAAAAAGAGGAUGUGUUGUAGACGCCAGUGAAUUUCCACCUCGUUUCAAGACCAGAAACAAGAGGAAGGGUGCCAGGAAUGCCUCACGACAGACAUCGGAGGAGUUCUAUAACAACCAUGAGCUAGAGUAAUCAUAUCGGAGGCCCCAUCAAGUCUCUUGUUUGACGGGAACACGCCGAUCUCUGUACAGAUGUCAUACUCUCAUUUGGCUUUAAUGACUAUCUCUAUGAAACGGAAAGUUACAGUCUGUUGUUGCUCUGAAAGACAUGCAUAUAAAACUUCAGAGCGUAAACUAUCGACCCGGAACAGUUCAUGCUUAUUUAUGUAUGUAAACUUCAUAUACACAUAGUAAUGUGUUGCGUUAUACACAUAGUAAUGUGUAGUUUAUCUCGGUCUUGCUACAAAGGAAUUUAUGUGACAUGAAAUCAUAUUUUACCGCUACAAUGUUCAUUCUGCUGUGAUAUAAUGUAUAUACAUGUAUAUAUAAUUGACAUCUUAUACAAUUUCUUAACUCACAUGAUUUGACUACAUUAUGAACAUCAUGUUUUAUUGUGUAUAUGAUAGGUUCACAGGGUAGGCUAUGGCGAAAUGCCAGUGUUUGAUACAUGGAAUUUUAAUUGUUGUCUGUUCUCUUGUAGAUAUCUCAUUUUUACAUCAUUAGUUGUGUAAAUGUUUACAGUUGGAUUGUUUUAUUGUAUAAUCAGGUGUCUAUCUAAUCUAAUGUUAACCGUUUGUUUGUCGUAGUGGUAGGAGAGGAACGUGUGUCAUGAGCCUAUCGUCCGAUCGGUGUCGCUAGACACAUACAAAAGUAAUACUAUUUAAUGCACUUUUGUUUUAGAUUUCAAUAGGAGUAUUAUAAUAAAUGACGGAUAUACAAUCAAUGUUUACCCCAUCACUCUGCAAGUUUUCAUUUAGAUUAUCUCGAUGUUUGUGUAAUGUAAUAUAGUUAAAGACAUAUAUACUGUAUGUAUGUUGUAUACUAAAAUAUUAUAAAGAGCAUUGAUAAGUUUUUGUAAGAAUACUUAUUUACACAAUCAAUGUAUAUUAUGAGAGAAAUGUGUACUUUAUUGUAAUGAUAUAUAUGCACAUUAACUUUGUAUACCGAUACUGCAUGCACUGUGCUAGAUUUUAAUAAGAAUAUCAUGUACAGAAAAACAGUUAAGGCGUUUUAGAUAGUAUUGAUAUGUUCCUGUAAUUAUAACUAUCACUAAUACCAUGAUGUACUUUGUGGAUCAUCAAUGCAUCAGAUUCAAAUAAUAGUAUAUGUACCUAUGAUUUUGUAAUAAUACCUACAUAUUGCUCUUAGCUGACAUACGCCAUUAAUGUGUUAAUUUUCAUUAAUAGUAUGCACUAUAUAUGAUUUAGUUAACUACGUAUUGUAACUGUAUACUGAAGUAUUUUAUUAAAUUAGAGUAUAUAUGUUUUUAAUGAUCUGUCUACUGUAUUUUGUGAUUAUAGUUAUCUAUGUAAUAUGUGCAAAAAAUGAUUUCUUGUAGAAUGUUUCUGGUAUUAAGCUCGGAAUAUGGCGAUAUUUUUUGUUGGAGCUUAAUUUAGUUUUUUACCUGCCCUUCAACGUAGUCAUCAGAGAGAAACAAAUUGGUAAAUGUGCUUAACAUUCGUCACGUCUUCUAUUCAUUAAUUAUGUAAUAAUCCAAUUUGAUGUCUGAGGAAUUCAACUUAGCGCGUAAUAAGUUUGAACUGAAAUAGUUAUAAGAAAAAUGAUAAUAAAUAUAUAUAUAUAUGUCAACUGAAUAUAUUUCAUCUAUUUUAACAAACGUUUUUGCUGUCAGUAAAAAAGAAGUUAGGGCAAUCAAAAUAGAAAUAGAAAAAAAUAUCCCCAGUAUCACAUGAUCAUUUAACUUAGUUAGACGUGGAUUAUAAUUUUGUUAAGUAUGUAGAAUUACUCGAUUAAAAUCGUUUACUGGUAUGUACUCUCAUCAACUCGAAAACUAUUAAGCUAGUUUUGUUUCGAAAAUGUAUUGUCAACUGAAUCGUAAUAAGUAAUAAAUAAUAACAAAGUUGUAUUGAUAUAUCGAAAACAAUGUUUUAUAAACUAACCUAUUAUCAUGCCAUGGCGAGGACGUCUUUAUCUCCGUCCACAAUUUAUUUCAUUUUCGAUAUAUUAGUGGAACUAUUUUCAACAUUUUAUUCAUGUUUGUGUAGUAUGUAUGAAUGUAUUUAUCUUUUUACUACAUGAUGAUGUUUUAAUAGUACUUUUGAUGUAACACGUAAUGUUGUAACUAUCAUGUCUGUAGUUUGGUUUUGAAUUGAACAUGGCUCAUCAGUAGAUCUUUUUCUGGAUGUUACCAAUCAGUGUAUAUAAUUAAUACAUAGAAUGUCAUUUUCAUCAGGCGAUAUUGUGGACCGCUGGAAACAAUCAUAUUUAGAUUAUUACUGUAAACGUGGGAAUUCACACGAGGGGAAAUUUAAGUAUUUCGGUCGCGAAAAUUCCCUAAUGCGUAUUAUCUCGUGAUGUAUGUGGUAUUUAUGGAAAAGGUGCAAAGAUCAGUUCAAGGGAAUAACCCCCAACGUGUAUGAUUUAUCUUUUGAAAUCGCAAAAUUCAAUCAUUGCAGAAAUAACUGCGUAUACAAUAUACAAAUAAUUGGUAGCUACAGACAGAUUAAUCAAAGUACAAUCAAUUGGUAGCUAUAUAUAGAUUAUCUAUCAUCACAUGUUUACCACAAAUAUAUAGUGAUUAUUUAAACAAGGUAACAUAUUUUUUGUUAUACAUAGAAUAGAUGUAAACCCUUGUUAUUCUCAGGAGAUCUUGAUCUAACCGGCUUUACCAUAAUUAAUGUUUCCUCUUAAAACUUUAUCCAAUCAGAAUAUUUUGUACACAAGACACGCAUAACAUUUACACCAGCCAUUAUGUUUACAUAGUUUAUUUACAAUGUAAGCUAUAAAGGAUUUUUUUCUAUUGAUAAUCUGAGCGCAGCUGAAACUAUUUCAUUAAUUUUAUAUAUUAUCAUUUAGAUGCAACUUAAAUAACAGUCACGUUGGCCUGAACGAUUUGAUAUACAUAUACUAUUUAUGUGGCGCGGUGCCUUAUCUAAAAAUCAUCCAAUCAAUUAAACUCACGUUUAAAAAGGAUAUUUCGAACAGACAUCAUGCAAUGUAUAUAGGCAUGCAAGCCACCAGAUCAGUUUUAAAAGUGUUCUUUUUCACAGACGGUUGGUUGCAAUAGGUGAAUCAAACAAAUUUAAGAAGUAGUACAUAGUCUUCUGGGGUUUGACUUUAAUGUUGUCUCACUUUGAUGAUGGUAAAUGUUGAUCAAACUUUUGAUGUAUUCAUAUCAACUCAUUAUUUUAUAAAAUCGAUAAAGUUUCACAAUAUGGAGAAUUCUCCAUGCUUCAAUUUUGUUUAUUGACAAUUUAUUUCAUUUUUUCACAAAUGUUCAGCAUUCAUCAUUAUCAAUUUUCCCUAUUACCAUAUCAGAAAUAUUCUCCAUUUAACUUGGCAAAAUCCAUCGUUGUUUCUUCUGUUUCACACCGGUAUUAUCAGUUCAUUACAUAUGAUUAUAAGGUCUGUAAGCAGUACACAUGCAGUUGUUUCUGUCUCAACUCAUUUUAAUAACAUAUGCUUUGCAAACGCACAUAAUACAAUAGUGUAAACAGUUAAACGAGUAUCAAUAUAACAUAUUUGUUUGACGUCUGCUUACUUAUCACAAAUUGCAUAUUUUAUAAUGUCAUCAAUUUUAUUAUAAAUACAUGUACAAAGCCUAUUAUGUUUGUCGCAAAGUUGUUCUCAAUUAUAUCAUUCCUGACAUGAAAAAUCGUUUUUGCUUAACAAUUCACUUUUAAAUUUGUACUUUUACCAAAUGACGUGUACAUUGAAUGAUAUAGACGUCAUUUAUUUUGUUUUUGAUUGCAUAUUCUGUAAUUGAUACAGACGUCAUUUAUUUUGUUUUUUGAUGAAUAUUCUGUAAUUGAUAUAGACGUCAUUUAUUUUGUUUUUUGAUGAAUAUUCUGUAAUUGAUAUAGAGAUCAUUUAUUUGGUCUAUAAUUGGCUAUUCUGUAUGCCGUGGUCGGGCGUCCGUCAUCCUUCUGUUAAAUUGUCUUUUUAAUCAUUUUUUAGUAAACAGUGAAAUUUAGCAUCACUUUAAUUAUUUGCAUACGUGGCCUAAUGUAUUACUGUGAUAUUGAUGUAUUAUUCUAUUAUUGAUAGACAAAAAGGCUAUGAAAAAUUAAUACGCCAACUGCAAAGAAAAACAUCCAUGUAUGCAUAUUACUGUUGUUUCUAAGGGAUAAGAAAAUAUGGUAUGUUACUGAUUAAAUAUAUAGGACUCGAAACUAUUUUUUUAAUUACUACGAACUCAAAACAGUUCAUGUACACAUAAAAAUACAUUCAAUACAUUUUUUAAUUGUAUGAAUGUAAUAACAUGCAAGAUAUUGUGUAUUUUUGGAUAUUUCCAAGGGGAAGUAAUCGAGAAACCGUCUUUAGAAACACCAGCUUAAUUAAUUUUUGCAUGACCGGUCAAUUGAUGUAAAUAUUUCGAGUCACGUUGUACUAUUUUAGCCUAUCACGAAUCGUGCAUAAUAUGUUAUCAUGAUAUUUCAUUUGUGAAUUGAAAUAUUUUAAUUUUUUUGUUUAUAAAAGCCAUCUACUGAAUAUAGUCUAACUACAUAAUUAUGUAUAUGCCAGUGUUAUUUUUAUAUCAUUAUAUCAUCUACUAGACUACAGAUUAGAUAUUAGAAAGUCACACAAUCUUGGUAUUAACUAGACAACAUUUUAGAGAUUAGAAAAUUACACAAUCCUGGUAAUAAUAAGACCACACAUUAUACAUUAGAAAGUUACAUCAUCUUGGUAUUUAUUAGUCCAUACAUCAUACAUUAGAAAGUUACACAAUCCUAGUAAUAACUAACCCACACAUUAGACAUUAGAAAGUUAAAUAAUCCUGGUAUUAACUAGACCACACAUUAGACUUUAGAUAUUUACACAACCUUGAUAAUAACUACACCAAUCAUUAGACAUUAGAAAGUUGCACAAUCCUGGUAUUAACUAUACCACACAUUUUGACACUAGAAAGUUACACAAUCCUGGUAUUAACUACACCACACAUUAGACAUUAGAAAGUUAAAUUAUCCUUGUAAUAACACAUUAAGACACCAUCAACUACACCUAUUAUUUCUUAUACUUAUCACACUUGUAGGCCCGAGCAGAAUCGCACGAGGGAUCUUGCGAUGGAAGGAUAUUGGAGUACCCUUAUUAUCUAUGUAUAUAAGUGUCCGUUUAGUGUGAACAACAAUAAUAAAAUACACUAUUAAUAUCAACUACUUUUACCAUUAAUUGCAAAUAGUGCGAAAUAACUAGAACGGUACUUUCGAUUUACUUUCAGUCAGGGGAAUUCUUUUCACUCCAAUUUUAAGUGCAGAAUAUUAUAAAAAUGUUCAUGUCCCUUGGUUUAACAAAGACACGAGUAAAUACCACUACAUGAUAUAUACGUAUAAAGUACUGGAGCAUAAUAACUAUAAACACCAUCAUACAACGUCUUUGCCCAUACACGGCACUGAAGCUAGGGACCAAAUGUGUGUAAAUCCAGAAAGAGGGUGGGGGUUGCCCGGGGGUCGGGGCAGAGACCGUUCCAAAACGAAUGUUCGAUGUUUGUUAUGGAACUGAAGUUAAGGUCCAAUUUUGUCUACAUUUACGAUUUUCUCGUCCUUGUUGAUCUCAUUUCACGUACAUGUUAGAAAUUUGUGUUUGAUUUUUAUAUGACAAUAACAGUUCUCAUAAUGAAUGUUAAUUGUAUGCAGUAUGUCAUGUAAAUAAAAUUAUUUGUAAAAAGUA